AUGGGGAUCAAGAUCCAAAACACGAUGGACCACACCACGAUCGUGCUGUCUCCGACGUGGCAAUGCCCUGGCAUCAUCUACGCGUUCGAGACUCCGCAAGACGUGUCUGCAGACGACGAGGCGCAGAAAUUCCGCGUCGCCAUGGUACGUUUCAACGACGUGCGCGCCGGGUUGUACGUUACAGGUGGUCCAAUCAUGGACUUCCUCGACCUCUUUGGUGGUCUCUUCGACGGAUUGGCCGGCUUCAUCGAGGAGGCUGUCCUGGAAGAGAUCAUGGAGAAUGUCACGGACAAAGUCCAAGAUACGAUCCAAGACACAAUCGACGAAACAAUGUGCGCCGUGGGGUGGGACGUCGAAAUCGCGAAUGUUUUUAGCGGGCAAGAGACGCCGCGCAAGUCGGGCGAGGUAGCCCGCAACGUGUUUUUGCUGGGAAUGGAGGGCAUGGGCCUUCGCCGCCAGCAUUCAAUCAAGCGAAUGUGCAGCGAUAGCUACGCGCUCACCGUUCAAGGGGAUCGAAUUGCAUGGUGGUCGUAG